UUUUGCACCAAAAUCCGAGCCAAAUUUGAGCCCAAAUUUGAGAAUUCUACGAGGCGUACUGCACAAAAGCGAGAUGGCGCAGGCAGAUCAACGCCCGGCCCAGUCUCCAUUGACACUCUAUGUUGGCGCCGAGGCCGUCUAUGCACCGGAACCGCUCGGAGCAGUGGACGUGCUGGUUGCCGGCGAUCGGAUUGCCGCCAUUCUGGAGCGCGGCUCGCAGGCCACCGCGACUGCAACCGCGCUGGUGCAGCAACUAGGCUCAUCGGGAAGCCUCGUUGACAUAUCUGGAGGAAUCCUCGUUCCGGGCUUGGUCGACGUGCACGUUCACAUUGCUGGCGGCGGAGGCGAGAUGGGACCCGAGUCGCGCACACCGGAAGCCGCCCUGUCCGAGAUUGUCUGCAAUGGCGUCACGACGCUGGUAGGCCUCACGGGAACCGACUCGGUGACGCGAUCGCUCGAGAAUCUCCUGGCCAAAGGACGAGCAUUGCAGCGCGGCGGAUUGAAUGUCGCGCUCUUCACCGGUGCAUAUCGAACGCCGCCUCCAACGCUCACGUCGAGCAUCAUGCAGGAUAUCAUCACCAUUGAGCAAAUUAUCGGGGUCGGCGAGAUUGCCAUUUCAGAUCACCGCUCGUCCGUGCCGUCGUUUGACGAGUUGACGAGCAUUGUGAGCGAUGCCAGAGUUGCUGGCAUGCUUGCCGGGAAGACUGGCCUGUCCCACUUUCACGUCGGUCAAGGCGCCGAAAUGCUCGAGCCGUUGUGGAAGAUUGUGCGCUCGACGGCAAUUCCGAUUCAAAACAUUUACCCGACCCAUGUGUCGAGUCGAGGGCCAGGGCUAUUAGCGGAUGCCAAAAAGUGGGUCGAAGCUGGUGGGCAUGUCGACAUGACCGCCGACGCUGCAAGUGCGACUGCCACGCCCACGCUCGACGCCCUCUGCGAGUUCAAGGAGAGCGGAUGCACCAUGAGCCGCAUCACUGUCAGCUCGGAUGGUUAUGGCUCCUUCCCUAUGUUUGACGCCAAAGGAAGCCUGGUCAAGUAUGGCGUUGGCAAGCAGGAUGCAUUGCUCGCCACUGUGCGCCGUCUCGUCAAGGAACGAGGCUGGUCACUCGAAGCAGCAUUGCCCCUGAUUACUUCUCAUCCAGGAGACUACGUGUUUGCCGGAGCCCGGGGGCGGCUUUGCAAGUCUGGUGCCGCUGAUUUCAUCGUGCUCAACCCGGAACUCUCUGAGGUCCGCUAUGUGGUAGCACGAGGUGUGCUGCUCAAGACACCGACCUGGGUGAGCAAGGGGAUGUUUGAGAGUUGAUGCAGCAACUGCACCAGAGAGCGAAAGAGGUUGCAAAGCUGUCGAAGUGCGAACGUUCGUCAAACAAACAAAAAAGGCGCUGUGGAAGCCGGAGAACCACAGUGAAUGACUAAUUCGACGUUGGACGUCUUCUCUACAUUUGCAGCUUUGUCGCUUGCAAGUUCGACUUCGCACAAGUGUCAACAUGAACGCUUGGUGUUUCGAAGUGGAAAUCUCAAUCCGGCUCGUCCUGCUGGAUCUGGUCCUGUUUGUCUGUUUUCUGUGUUGUUGUAUGAUUGUACCAAUGACUAUUACUCUUCUGAUUC